UAUAAUGUGUCAUGUCUCUAUGUGUCUAUCUCACGUCUCUCUCACUGACUUUUUUAUGUCUCUAUCAUGUCUCUCUCAUUUCUCUAUAAUGUCUCUCUCAGUCUCUCAUCACUGUCUCUCUCAUGUCUCUGUAUGUCUCUAUGUCUCUCUUAUGUCUCAAUCAUAUCUCUGUGUGUCUCUCUCGUCUCUAUCUUGUCUCUGUGUGUCUCUCUCAUGUCUCUCUCACUGUCUCUUUCAUGUCUCUGUGUCUCUCUCAGGUCUCUCUAAUGUCAUGUCUCUCACUGUCUAUCAUCACUGA